AUGUUUAGGAAAGCAUAUCUCUAUUUCUAUGCUUGGAAAAGUAUAUCUCUGUUUCAAUGUUUGGGAAAAAAUAUCCCUGUUUCUGCAUCUGUGCAGUGCUUCCAUGGCUAUGCAGUAUAUCCCGAUCUUUUUGUGUCUACGUCAGUACAGUUGAACCUCUCUCUCUCUCUCUCCCUCUCUCUCUCGCU